CUGAAUGAAUGUGGAUUUGUUUCCAAACUUUCAAAUUUUAUGCCAAUCAACACACCAAGCCCUCCUAUAAUCUCACCAACCCAACAGCCUAUACCCCCGCAAUGUGUAUUGCUGAGAAAAGAUCUCUUCAUGCAUUAACAUAGAUGUCAAUCUUGAUGGAAUGCCUUUCUCAGCACGUUUCUUAAUCCUUAAUCUGCUUUCCUCCCACUUUUCAAUCUUGCUCUCUCUCUGCGUAUUCGAUACAAGACUGUUACCCUGCACAAUAAAACUCUCAACACCUUUUCACACCCCUUCGGAGCCCCGAAUCUCAAGGACAUCACCUACAUCAACAUUCCAACUUAUACAUUCUUGUCAGUUAUCACAAAUAGCUUUGGGCCCAAUUGUAAACACUGCUACGACUCGGAAGGUGUGUUUUGAAAGAUGAUCAUUAUAUACUGAUCAACAAUCACGCUGUGGUCAAAUCACUCCACUGACUGUGCUUCUUACCACAUCGUGGAUGAAUGGUUUCUGGUGGAGGUUUGUGCAUCCGAUGGAGACGAGAUGAGCUGCAGUGCACAACUCCAUGACCAAAAUAAGUAGAG